AUGGCGCGAUCGCUCUUCGUCCUCCUUCUGGGAUUCAGCACCUUGCUGCUACUGACACCUGCGUGGCUGCUGCAAGCAGAGGCCGCCACGCAGAUCAUUCCGUGGGAUCUGAACUGGACGAAACGCGUGCACCUCCCUCAGAUUUCUAUCGGCGACGAUCUAGUGUUCAAAUGGGUGGACUUGGCGUGGCAUGAUCUGUGGAUUAUGGACGAUGAGAAAGCAUUCAAAGCCUGCGACUUUCAACGGGCAAAGCGUCUUCGACCCCUCGUUGUUGGCGGGCAGUACACAUAUACGGUUCGUGAUAGCGGAAGCUAUUACUUCGCCUCAAGUGGCCUUCUGCAAUGUAAUUAUUACAAAGUAAAGAUUUCGUUCAAGUUGCUGGCCCCUCCCUAA